AUGGCCACUUCCAUUUUCAACAACAUUGUUUUCCCCUACAUCACGCUUGGAUUGGCAGAGCUCAAGGCUCAUGUUUUCCCCAUAAUUCAAGAGGCUUUUCUAAGCGAAAAUGCUAGCUUUCAGUCAGCUCUUUUCCUGAUUGUUGUUUUGUUUCUUUCAUGGCUUGUUCUGUUUAGCGCAAUACGUGCUCUUUAUCGCAUUGCUGUUUCAAUAGUACAAGUGGCCUUCUACGGUGCGAUUCUAGCCUUCCUUGUGUGGAUUUAUUUUCGUGGCUUUGAUAGCGCAUACAAAGAUAUCGCAACCUUUGUCGGUUCGUAUGAUCAACAAACUAGUGGAUGGGAAAACGCACUACAGGACUACACCAAGGCGCACUUUGCAAGGUCCGCGACAACAGUGCUCAAUCACCAAACUAUUGUUUAUCCUGUGUAUGCAGCAGCAACCUCUUCAGGCAAGCCGCCUAUUUUUUAA